CUGUGCGGAGCAGGUGGGAGGGAAGGAUAAUUCAGAACAAAUCUGCUGGUAAACAGGAUGCUCUCUCGGUAUUUCCUGCCUCCUGUUGCACUGGUGGAACUUAAUUUUCAGGAAUCAGCUAAGCCUGAGGUCAAUAAUGCUCUUGUAAUUUCUCUGACUUGCUGUAGCUGAUACAAUAUAAUACAAAUACAAUAUAAUGAGGCAUUCAUAUAUCUGAGAGCAAAAAGUCAGCCUGCAUUGUUAUCUGGCUGGAUAAGAAAUGUUUACACAUGUUCAAGUGAAAAAAGUGAUUUGCUGAGUAUAAAUAAAGUCACAGAAGAGAAGAGGAGCUUGCAGUUGGCAGCCACUUCUGCAGCCCCAGGGGCUGACCAGCACCCAGGUCAGAUGGUUCUCAGUACUGCCCCAGACCCAAGGUCCAGCUUGACCCCAGCACUGGGAAGAGAUGUCUGGGCUCCCUGCACAGUGUGGAGGAGAAUUUCACUGCAGGGGGACCUCUCCAGCCCCAUGGCUGUGGAUUUGCUGUCACCAUAACUGGUGAGAGGUACAGGAUGCUGCCCCAUCCCCAGGGCUGUGAACCUGGGACAGGAAACUUUUACUUCCCUCCCUCCAAUGAGGAAAGAUUUCUCUUCUCCUUUGCAUCAAGCCUAACCCAGAUUCCUGGGCUUGAAUACAGGGGAGGGGUUGGGGUUGACUAAUCCCAAAAAGAAUUUUACCAAGACUGAGUAAGGGCUCUGGACUGCAGGGAGUGAUGACAAAUCUUGGAAACUCAAGCCUGUGCUUUGGCAGGGAGGUUUGUUUGGGGAUUGGUUGGGUUGGUUUUUUUAUGGUCCUUUUUAUCACUUUUCAGCUGUACAGUGUGUUCUCAGAUGGUAUAUUUGCCACUUCAUGGUUUUGGAUCAUGACCAUCAUUUUUUCAGCUAACAGAACAGGGAGCAACUGGUGCUUGGCCAGCUUCUUUCCUACUGAAGCAAAAGAAAACUCUGCAAGAGGCUUUCUCCAGAGCUCUCUAAAUGAAUUUUCUGUCACCAUUUCCUGCUAACUCUUCCCCCUCUCUGACCUCUCAAUGCAGACUUUGAUGUUCUGAGCUGCCAGAAAGUCCCACCAUCACAUUUUCUCAGGGAAAUUUUUCAAGUGUCCUACCCCAUCACACUUUGCAUCUUUCCAAGAGGCAUAUUUAGGCCCAUAAUAUCAUGCCUGUCACUAAUCAGUGAGCAAAUCUUUUGGCUGUAUAUUUGCCAAGGGGAUAUUGCCAAAAUGACUCUUUGGGUAAAACAGAAGCCAUGCAGCUCUGCUGCAGGGAAGGAGCCAAGACCUUUCUUAAUGGCACGGUCCCCAGGAAAAAUCACAAGGCAGGCUCCAACCAGUGUAAAGGGUCUAUUCUUUAUGUUGGCUUUCUGGAAACAAAACCCUCCAGGGAUUACUUAGUUUAGAUUUUUCAAGCAUUUUUUUCUAGUGCCUGUUGGGCUAGAAAGCCUUGUGCUCAAGCUGGGCAGGGAAAAUAAGAGUCUCCCAUAAUCCCUUCAGUCCCCUAAAUGCUGAAUUUUGGGGCCAACUUGCCCCAGGCUAUUUUGAGCUCUUUGCAGGCUCAGCAGCCCAGGGGAACAGAGGUACUGGUGGUAGGGCAGGACAGGGAGAUAGCAUUGAUUUUUGUGGGCAAACUGUCAUCUAUGGGAGUAAUUCAGCUUUAAAGCAGAAUCACAGAUCCACAGAAUAUUCUGGGUUGGAAGGGACCCACAAGGAUCAUCAAAUCCAACUCUUAAGUGAAAGGCCCAUAUGGGGGUCAAAUCCACAGCCUUGGCAUUAUUAGCAUGGUGCUCUGACCAACUGAGCUAAUCCCAGUGGCCAAAACCAUUGCAUGCAGCCUUGAAAAGGACCUGCAUUGUGUGACUUGAUCCCUGGGAGUCUGAAAAAUAAUAAUCCUGCCUAAAACCAUAAAAUCUGGCACCAAGAGUUAACACUUGGCUUUGCAGUUUCUGUGUGCUGAAUCAGUUCCUGGCUUUCCUUGCUGCUGAUGGCCUGGCUGGACAGGCCAUAUCCUCCAGGGAGAUGGGCCAUUGCUCCCCAUCUCCAAAAAAAUGCUCUGCUGUUUUUGUUACCAGCCUCCUGCUGCUGUACCUGCACUCACAGCCUGUCAGGCUCUCACAUUAUCAGGCAUAAACACCAUGUGUACAAACAUAUUUGCUAUUACAGCAGACAGGAAGGGAUUAAGUGAGUGCUAUAAAAUUAACCUCAACAUCAGUCAAAAGAAACAAAAGCGAAAAAGGAACAGAGUAAUCAGAUGCUCUUACGAGCAGGAUAUGCUCAAAAUGAUUUCUCCAUCCCAUUACAAAUGCUUAGAAACUGCACAGCCUCUCCAGCACAGUGAGGUUUUGAAGUGGUUUAAUGGGCAUUAGGAGUUCAGAGCUGAUAAUGCUGCUUCCAACCUUUUCACUGCAUGAAAACAGGUAGUGGCAAUUGACUGGUGCAAAUUUGCUACUUUUAAAGCUGUAUUUGCUGGCUUGGAUGUGCUAAAAGUCUCUCCACAGAGUCUUCAGAGCCUGAAUAUAAUGUGUGUGGUUAAAGUGGGGAUAUAUUGAGUUUCUUCAACAGAGGACUGGUUCCAGUGUGUGCCCUGCAUGCUGGAGAGCUGGGACCUGCUGUAGAACAAACCAUUCACCAUGUCAAUUAAAAAGGAAGGUGCCCACAAGAAGUGGGCUGCCCUGAAGGAGAAACUCGGGCCCCAGGAGACUGACCAGUCAGAGGCCAACCUGGAAAAUGCAGAACCAGAGCUGUGCAUCCGUCUCCUGCAAAUGCCCUCAGUGGUGAACUACUCCGGGCUGAAGAAGAGGCUGGAGAACAGUGAUGAUGCCUGGAUGGUGCAGUUCCUGGAGCUGUCUGGGCUGGAUCUCCUCCUGGAGGCCCUGGACAGGCUGUCAGGGCGAGGAGUGGCCAGGAUAUCUGAUGCCUUGCUUCAGCUCACCUGCAUUAGCUGCGUGCGGGCAGUCAUGAACUCCCACAAGGGCAUAGAAUACAUUGUGAGCAACGAGGGCUACGUCAGGAAACUCUUCCAAGCACUUGACACAACUAAUGUCAUGGUCAAAAAGCAAAUAUUUGAGCUCCUGGCUGCACUGUGCAUUUACUCAUCAGAUGGGCACUCUCUGGCUCUGGAUGCUUUGGACCAUUACAAGAGUGUGAAGAACCAGCAGUAUCGGUUCAGCAUCAUCAUGAACGAGCUGUCCAACACAGACAACGUGCCCUACAUGGUGACACUGCUGAGUGCCAUCAACGCCAUCAUCCUGGGCAAAGAAGAGCUGAGAACAAGGACACAAAUCAGAAAUGAGUUCAUAGGGCUGCAGCUGUUGGAUGUUUUAGACAAGCUGAGAGACAUCGAGGAGGAGGAUCUGCUUAUCCAGUGUGACACAUUUGAGGAGUUCAAAAUAGAGGAUGAUGAGGAGUUAUUAAGGAUAUGUGAUGGCAUAAACAUGAAUGAUCAUCAUGAGGUCUUUUCAUCUCUCUUCAACAAAGUGAGCCGCUCUCCAGUCUCUGUCCAGCUGCUGUCCAUCCUGCAGAGCCUGCUGCACUUGGAACCCUCUCAUCACUCCAGCCUCCUGCUCUGGGAGUCCUUGGAUGCCGUAGUGAACAGAGCCCUUUUGCUCGCCAAUGACAUCCAAGGGAACACAGUUGAAGAGGUCAUUGAGAGGCUGCUGUCUAUCAAAAAACAUCCAAACAAGCAAAAGCGAGCUGAAAACCGCCUGCCUGGGAGCGCAGCUGGAGGUGUCCAGGCUGAGCCAGAGCCAUGUGCACGUGCAGCUCGGUGUCCAGUGGGAUCAUCAAACCCCACCAGGGCACCAGCAACAUCCUCAGGGCCACUGGACAACGAAAAGAAGAUCUCAUCCUGCCAGUUCACAGCCUGCUGUGCUCUGCCAGAGAAAUCUAACCCUCCCUCCAACACUGCUCCCAACCCGGCACCUCCAGCCCCACCACCUCCACCCUCUGGCACAGCAGCUGUGACCCCCACAUCCCCCAUGACAAACACACCUCCAGCCCCUCCACUCCCUGGCAUCCCUCCCCCUCCACCCCCACUGCCUGGCAUGGGGGGUAUUCCCCCUCCUCCUCCACCUCCAUUACCUGGCAUGGGUGGUAUCCCACCCCCUCCACCUCCACUGCCUGGCAUGGGGGGCAUUCCUCCUCCUCCACCUCCACUGCCUGGCAUGGGUGGUAUCCCACCCCCUCCACCUCCCUUACCUGGCAUGGGUGGUAUCCCUCCCCCUCCACCUCCCUUACCUGGCAUGGGUGGUAUCCCUCCCCCUCCACCUCCCUUACCUGGCAUGGUUGGUAUCCCUCCCCCUCCACCUCCCUUACCUGGCAUGGGGGGCAUUCCUCCUCCUCCACCCCUCCUUCCUGGCAUGACAGGAGAUCACAUAGAAGCCGUGGUGGCCUCCCAGUACAGCUGCCCCCUGGGCUUGGGCAGGCCUCCCCGCAAGGCAGUGAAGACACCAACGCUGAGAAUGAAGAAGCUGAACUGGCAGAAGCUGCCCUCCAACGUGGUGAGAGAGAGCCACUCGAUGUGGGCUUCAGUGAGCAGCAGCAGUGAGGAAACGAUAGAGCCCAACUACAGCAGCAUUGAGCAGCUGUUCUGCUUCCCACAGCCAGCCCCCAAGGAGAAGACAGCAGCACCAGUGAAGGCAGAGCCGAAGGAGAUCACAUUUUUGGACUCCAAGAAAAGUCUCAAUUUGAACAUAUUUUUGAAGCAAUUUAAAUGCUCCAAUGAAGAGGUGACUGCCAUGAUCCAGAAUGGGGACCGGACCAAGUUUGAUGUUGAGGUUCUGAAGCAGUUGCUGAAGCUGCUGCCUGAAAAGCAUGAGAUAGAAAACCUGAAGGCCUUCAAAGAGGAGAAAUCAAAGCUAGCAAAUGCAGAUCAGUUCUAUCUUCUCCUCCUUCAGAUUCCCAGCUACCAGCUGCGCAUUGAGUGUAUGCUGAUCUGUGAAGAGACCACCGUCGUGCUCGACAUGAUUCAGCCCAAAGCUGAAGCCAUCCGCAGAGCCUGUGAAGAUCUUCUGACCAGUCAUCGCCUGCCAGUCUUUUGUCAACUGAUUCUCAAAGUUGGAAACUUUCUGAACUAUGGAAGUCACACAGGCGAUGCCGAUGGGUUUAAAAUCAGCACUUUACUCAAACUAACAGAAACCAAAGCCAACCAAACCCGCAUUACACUGCUCCACCAUAUUCUAGAGGAAGUAGAAAACAGCCACAAGGACCUACUGGAGCUGCCAAAGGAUCUUGAAUAUGUUUCAAAAGCAGCAGGAAUUAAUCUUGAUAUUAUACGCACGGAGUCUGGUACCAAUUUAAAGAAGUUGCUGGAGCUUCAGAAGAAAGUCUUAUCAUCAAAUGAGGAUGUGAAACAACAGUAUGAGAAACCCAUCCAGGACAGCAUUGAUGCCUCCAGAAAGCUGGAAGAAGAAUUUGAAACCAUUGAAAAGAAGAGAGAGGAACUUGCAAAUUAUCUCUGUGAAGAUCCAAGCAAGUUGUCCUUGGAGGACAUAUUUAGCAUCAUGAAGACCUUCAGAGAUCUCUUCAUCCGAGCUCUGAAGGAAAACAAGGACAGAAAGGAGCAAGCUGCCAAAGCAGAAAAGAGGAAAAAACAGCUAGAAGAGGAAGAGGGGAAGAGACAGAAGGGAGAAAAUGGAAAAGUCAUCAAGAAGGGGCUGGUGAAGCAGGAGGAGGUGUGUGUCAUCGACGCCCUGCUCGCCGACAUCAGGAAGGGGUUCACGCUCAGGAAGACGAAGAACAGACACGAGGCAGAGGCAGUUCCUAAACCCUCGUCUGCAGAGAGCCCAGAGGAAAGCCAGCCUGGACAGAGCAUGAAGGAUCCACAAGCAGCAGGGAAGCAGAUUGAUGACAAGACCAAGCAAAACAAGGAUGAUCAUCCCUCAGAAAGCACUCCUCCCUCAACCACUGCCCCAAUGGAGACAGGUGGAGGUGUUACAAAUGCUUCAGCUUCUGAAAACAGUGCUGGAGGAGGUCUGCCACUGGAGUCCCAGACCAAAAGCUCCUCAGAGAGCAUGGUGGAAGCUGAUGGAGCCAGUCAGACCAUGCUGAGCCUUGGGAUGGAGCAGCCAAACAACGUGGAAAGCCUCCAGCCCAGCUCAAAGAGCGGCUCCCUUGCCUUCUCUGUGGCUGACAUAGGCACAAGGAUAAGCUUUGUGAGCAGCACUUCAGCCUCUGCUCUGAGAGACCAGCUCAGCUGGACUAACGGGUCCAUGCCAGAAGGCCAGGACAAGGAGUGCCCACCUGAUGGCUCAGAGGGUGCUCAGCCUGCUCCCUGCAGUGAUGCCCAGCAGGCAGAGUCAAAAGAAAUGACCAAGGAAAAUGAAGACCCCGGUACAGACUCGCUGUUGGACACAUCUCAAGACAAGGCCUUCUCAGAGGAGCCAGCCACCGACUCCUCUUGCUCAGCAACACUUCCCCCAGAGCAGACUCACAGUGACAGGGAAAAGCAGAGGCCAUCAGGGAAAAGGAAGAAGAAGAAGAGGCACAGCAAAAGCUACUCAGAGGUUGAGACUGAUACUGGAGAUAAUAAAACAAAAAAAGAUUGUGUGGCACAAUGAGGUGUCAUGGCAAGGCAGAAGGUAUGAGAGAAGCUCUCAUGUGUCCCUGGAGUGCUGCCGGCUUCUGAGACUCCAGAUUCUGCAUCAGUGAAAUGCCACCCUGGAAACUUCUGCCCCAUGAAGAUGCACAGCCUCUCCUCAUGCACUUUCACUCCCUCCCCAGGACCUAAAGAGCCUCCCCAGAGACUUUGGACCCCUCAGCCUGUGCCUUGCACUGGGCACCUGUGGGGGCAGGGGGUGGUUCUGUGCAUAGUGGUGGUGAAAGGCUCAGACCUGUCAUCCACUGUCCUGGAAGCCAAGUCUUAAAACCUGCUCUUAGGCCAAACUCCUCUUGAAAUGACAGCUGAGUGUGGCCCAAGAACAGACUGCAGUGUUUAGCCCUUGAAGAAGUGUUAAAAACAGUAGUGCCUCAAUUAAAUUAAGGGUAUAAAUUAAGCAGUGGCUGUACCAUCACAGGUGGAGGUGUGUUAAGUCCCUCUUCUCAUUGCCCACUGAUGACUUAUAUUGGACCAGGUCCAAGACCCAGAUUAGACAAAUGUAUUUUUACUCUCAAUUGCUUAAAGCAAGAGAGAUUGGUUACAGGGGAAAAACAAGUUAAAGUAUGUAUUUUACUAAGCAUAUGGCCAUAUAAACAGUGUCUGGUUCCUACAUGAUGCUUAUGUGCAAUUGAAGUGCAUCAGUAGUCUUAAGUAGUCUUGUCAUAGCCACUGGUGCAUCCAUCAGCUUUGGGAGAACCAGGGGCCUGGCUUCUCUUACUAAAGCAACAGGAAGAGGUUUUCCAGAGUGUUCUAUUGGACACAUUUUCAGCUUAUCCUGUAGUGAAUCUCUGGGUUUGACUUCCAUUGUCAGCUACUUGUACUUGAGAGUCUGUGUCCAAGCUGCAGAACGUGUGGAAUCAUGUAACUUUGGCUUUAAAACUGGGACUGUGCAGUACUGUGUUUUCAAAAUUCAGAGCUUUAUUUCUCAAGUUUUGUAAUAACACUGUAUAAUAAUUUUGUACAUAGCUGUCCAUUUAAAAUGAUCUAUGUUUGUUGAAUCUAUGGUGUGAUAUAUGCUGAAACAUAAAUCCAGUGCAAGAGCUGGGUACAUUUCAGAACUGUUCAUUUAUAUGGUAACUCACUGUGGCUAAACUAAUGUGCAGGCUAAAGCUUAUUUUGCUCUGCUUAAUAGGACUUGUAAUGUCCUUGUUAUACUGAAAACUAGAAGUGAAACCAAGAAUUAAAUCACUGGUUUGCUUUAACCAAGGCAUCACUAUGAGCAUAUUGAGAACUGGUCAACAGAAGCAGAGGUGAGUUGAGAGCAGACACAUGGGCAUGUUCAGUGCAGGGCACACUGCAGAGUAGCACAGCUGCAACAGAAAACUCAUUCCUGCUGGCAGAAGCAGGGAUACCCCCAGCAUUCCCUGGAGAACCAUGUCACCCAGGUUUGAUUUGCAGGACUGUCUCUAGCACAUCUACAGGUAUCUCCCCUUUUUUCCCCUCUUUUCCAGUCUCAGAGCACAUCACCCAAGCACCAUAUUUUUACUCCUCAAUCUAGCUCUGCUGCUCUCAGAUUAGACUCCAGGCUGCAAAAAUCUGAGUAUUAAACACAUUCUGCCAGCUCUGUGUCUCCAGAAUAGCCUGCAGCCCGGGCUAGCAGUGCACAGCCAUCCUCCUCCUCACCACCUCACUGUUUGAUCAAUAGGAACAUCAUUUGGAGAUGCAGGAGUGGAGAACAAACAGGUUCUCUGGGUGUUACCUAGGGAACCUUUCUGCUGAUGUCCCACUGGCUGCUCACCUCAGAUACUGCAGCAUGUGUCCAUUUCUCCAUCUGGGUCUUUCAGCUUCCCUCAUUUCACCCAGAGAGAGCAGCUCAUUGCCACAGCCAGAGUUUUUAUUACUCUGUGUGCUUACCUUGGCCUUAAAAGAGAGGGGUUUUGGCAUUAUCUUUCCCCUGCUUUCAAGAGUUUACAAAGAAAUUGGUUAUUUUAAGCCACCAGAGGCUCUUUGUUCAAUAGUCAUCUGUAAAUUAUCUAUUCAAUCACAUCCUAAUCAGCAGCCUCAAGCACAACAUUUAUAAUUUAUUGCUCUAGAGCAGCUCUUCUUCCAUUACAGUGAUUAUUUCAGAAGAACAGAAGAAAAGAAUCAGAGCAGGUCAAAGACUGAAAUUCAACUGGGAUGUGCAGUUUUGUUCCAUUUAUUAGCUUGAAAUAAAGCUCAUGACCCCAAAGAUUUUUCAGUGGUUGCAAGACCAAAUUAAUUGUUAAUAAAUUGUUGGUGAAAAGAAUAUAAUGGCCAAUUCAACAGAGCUUUGGUCUUUUAAGUCAACCAUGAGUACAGACCUCAAAAUAGAAUUAUUGUGGUGUAUUUCAGCAACUGCACACAGAAUCUGGUAUGUAAACCAGGCUCUGACCACCACAAGCUUCUUGCUGCCAAAUAAAUGCAUAUUCUGUAAUUAAGCAUUAGCUAUAUGAUAAAAUGAAAGUACAGGAGAAAUCAGCAGAAAUCUUUUUCAAAUAUUUCACAUCAAAAAUCAGAUAUGCUUAAUGAGAUGGAUUUUCAGGGUUAGGUUUUGGGAAGUUUUGGUUGGGUUUUUGGUUUUUUUCCAAUACUGAAAAUAUUUCAAAGUUUAGAAUAAAAAUAAACACUU